AUGGCUGUAGGAAUGAAGCGCAAGCGCACAGAUGAAGCUGUAGAUGCACCCGUACCCGUACCUCAAAAGUCAGUCAAGGCUACGUCUAAGCGUCCGGGCCUCAAGAAGCCUCCCCCCAUCCCUGAAGACAUGGAAGCCCAACUCCAGCGCAUCGCGGCCUCAGACCGCACGGCUUUCGAAAAGAAAGUGUGGAAUCUCCUAUGUCAGAUCCCCCGAGGCCAAGUAUCAACCUACGGGCUCCUCUCAGCACAUCUCAGCUCCUCCCCGCGCGCGGUCGGGAACGCCCUGCGGCGGAACCCAUUCGCGCCCGAGGUCCCGUGCCACCGCGUCGUGGCCACGAACAAGACGCUCGGCGGCUUCAAGGGCAAGUGGCCCAAGGACGGCGAGGGCAUCACCAUCGACGAGAAGCGGAAGCUGCUGCGCGGGGAGGGCGUCAAGAUCGAUGAGAAGGGGAGAGUUCUGGGGACUCCGUGGGCGGCGUUCGUUUAA